AUGGAGAAUCUCAUUCCUGGAAGUGAAUAUCGAGCUCGAAACAACGAACGAACCGCUGAUGAAUUUUUGUAUCUUUUAGUAACUGACGGUGAUCGACCUAAGGCCCCCGAUGGACUCAGAGUAGUAUGGAAUUACGGUAAUCGGGUGAAUAUCACUUGGAACGCUGUGGAGUCUAGCAUGGAUGGUGGUACAAUUCGGGGAGUUGUACAGUACACACUGUACUAUGUGGAAGCGGAGAAGACUGGACAGUGGACUACGGUAGGGUACCCUAUGGUUGAUUGGUCGAUAGGGGAAUGGAUGCUUCAAACCAACAAUACCUGGGUGAUAAUGAACGACCUACAAAGAGAUGCUCUAUACUCACUAUAUGUGAUUGCAACUAUAAAUGGAAAGACGAGCAGAAGUUCAUCCGUAGUUACGGUAUUAGCCCAACCAGGUACGGUAUUUGAUCCUUUUUCAGACCUACUUGGCCUGCCCGAACCUGUCAUCACCAUAACCCCGGAUCACCUUGACGGUGUGUAUCUCCAAAACGACAAGAUUUCCAUCAAUUGCUCAGUGCCAGCAGAUGUGCUCAAGGGACACUUGAAUCUUGAUCUAACAGCUGGAAGCCAUACAGUGCGUAUCUGA